AUGUCGCUGCUCGAUCAUCGCUCGAUCAUGCAAGAUGCCACCGAGGGUCCACUACAGAUUGACGGCGCGACGCUCGAAGGUGGCGGCCAGGUCAUCCGCACCUCUCUCUCACUCGCCUUUCUCCAGCCGUCACGCCCGCUGCGGCUGCACUCAAUCCGGGCUGGCCGCCCGAAGCCGGGGCUGGCCAACCAGCACCUUGUCGGCGCACGCCUCGCUGCCGCCCUCUCCGGGCGUGCGCUGACGGGAGACGACAAGGGCUCCACUGAACUGGUUGCCGCGGCCCACGAGGAGCGGCCUCUGCCACCGUCGCUCGAGGCCGCGGCCGAGACGGCUGGCGCGGUGACGCUCAUGCUCCAGGCGGCUCUUCCCCCGCUGCUCUUCUGCGCGCCGGGUCGACAGCUGCUGCUGCGCGGCGGGACCGACGUCAACUUCUCGCCGCCCGCCGCGCACAGUGCGCUCGUGCUCGCGCCUCUUCUCGCGCGGAUGGGCGUCUGCCUCGACACCCGAGUGGCGGCUCGCGGCUUCAACGACGGCGGCCCGCUCGACUCUGGGUGCGUGUUGAGCGCAAACUCGGUGCAGUCUCUCCCCCGCGGCGACCUCGGACCCGCCGCCGACCGCUGCUGCGCCAAGCUGCGCGGAGAGCUGCUCGCACUGCUCGAGAGCGGCGCGUGCGCCUGCGAGCACACGGCCGACCAGCUGAUCGUGUUCAUGGCCCUCGCCGGCGGCACGUCGCGGCUUCGUGCGCCUCCCGCCGCGGCGCUCUCCUCCCUCCACUUGCCCACCGCCGUGCACUUUGCGGAGCGCCUCUCUGGCGCCACGUUCCGGAUCACCGAGUCUGAAGACGGGUGUCAGCUAGUCGAGUGCGACGGCGUGGGCGCAAGAGCGCGGCCCGCGCCGCUACUUGAAUGA